CUAACCGGAAAUAACACCAAAUGGACCUCCAUUGCUGAGGGUAUUCCCUUGACCAUCAGUGGCAGUUGUAUUACCGUCUACCGUCUUGUAGAUGUAUGUUUUGCCGUUGACUGUUAUUGUAAAUACGCGGAUCUUCCAUUGACAUCCUCCAUUGAUGAAGAGGUGGAGAUCGAAUUGGUUUCACCAGGAAAUUGGGCAGUAUAACGUUUCCCACCAAUUGUGGCAGUAACUAAAGUAUUCCCGUCUUUUGUACUGAUGACCGUUCCAGGACCACCGGGUGUCAUAGCUAGUAUAGGUUCCGGCGGAAUUGCCAUCAGCUCGGGGCUUGGUACAGCUGCCAUUGCCGGACUGGAUGCAGCACUCGAAAAUGAACUGGACGAAAAAGAACUGGACGAAGCCGAAUUGGAUACGGUCUCCGACCCUGAGCUGGGUUCGGCAGCCAAUGAUAGAGUGGGUACCGGAACCGCCACAGGACUAGGUACUGGGACUGGAACUGGAACCUGUACUACCUCAACUUCCUGA